AUGUCCGCUUCCGAUAAGUCUCAGGCUAGGAAGCUGUCGUCUGUCUCACAGACCUAUCUUCUGGCUUACAAUGUCUUGUGUGCUAUAGUAUGGCUUCGUGUCUUGACCGGGGUCAUCUCAGAGUUGAUCUCCUCGGGCCGAAGCACUGAUGUGUAUGCGUCUCUUGAGCCGUGGACCCGAUACGCUCAGACCUUGGCUGCAGCUGAAGUCCUCCACGCCAUUUUCGGUAUCACUCGCUCACCUGUCUUCACGACCUUCACACAAGCAUUUGCUCGCUCCACUCAAGUGUGGGCCGUGAACUAUGCGUUCCCGAGGACUACGUCAGUAUCAUAUGCCUAUCCGGCUAUGAUUCUGGCAUGGUCCAUGGCUGAUGUGGUUCGAUACUCUUACUUUGCGGUGAUGCUGGCCGGGAAGACGAACUCGGGUGUAUUGAGAUGGCUUCGGUAUUCCCUCUUUGUUGUCCUUUAUCCAGUCGGAAUCAGUUCUGAGUGGUGGUUGAUGUACAAAUCCACCACAGUCACCGACUGCAAUGCGCUCAUUGCAUUGUAUUAUUUCUUCCUUGCGCUUUACGGUCCUGGAUCUGUCAUGAUGUACAAAUACAUGCUGAAGCAGAGAAAGAAGGUACUUGCACGAGCGAAUUGA